UCGAAAAUUAGAGGGAAAUUUAUUUUCAGUGCAAUCGUCGCCUGCAGAUCCAACGGGAUAUUCGAAAGCCGUCACCGAUCUCUUCCACUGCAAUCUCCGGCUCCCAUUUUUUAAUUUUCUCUCAACAAAGGGAUCAUAAAUCAUCCCAUUUUUCGAUCAAGUAUGAGCGAUAUGAUUUCACAGGCGGGGGAUUCCGAUUCGAAAUUGGGAUCAGAUCCAACCAGUCGAAUCGCCGAAGUGAAGGAGUGGUUGGGAUCCGAAUUUGGGAGGGCUGGUAAAGAAGUUCCCGAUUUUGAAUACACGCCUCGAAGCGUCUCUCAUUUGCAUAAUCUCUGCACGCUUUCGCAAGCCAAGACACGCGCUGCUGAGAUUCUUGCCAAAGACUUCCGCCUCAAGGCCGCCGAGUACCGCGCCCAAGCGGCGAGGAUCAGGGAGAUUUUGGAGAGCGUGGGGAUGGCGCAGGAGAAUUUGCCCUCCAAUGUGGUUUCAUCGGCGCAGGUUCUUGCGAAUGUGGCGAAUUUAUUGAACAUUAGGGAUACUGAGCUCAGUAGCUUUCUGGUUGCAAUGGGUGAUAUCACUUUGAGGAAAAUUAGUGUUGAGGAGAAGAGGACGAAGGUGGAAAAGGAUUCUAAAGUUCUUCUUGAUCAUACUCGAAAGGCAAUUGCAAGACUGACAUAUUUGAAGAGAACACUAGCACAGCUAGAAGAUGAUGUAGCUCCAUGUGAAUCUCAAAUGGAUAAUUGGAAGACAAAUUUGGCUGUAAUGGCUGCCAAGGAGAGGCAGUACAUGCAGCAGUGUGCAAACUACAAGGCAAUGCUUAACCGUGUGGGUUACUCACCAGAUAUUAGCCAUGGGGUACUGGUUGAAAUGGCUGAGCACAGGAAAGAGUUGGAGAAGAAAACAAAGCCCAUCCUUGAUACUUUAAGGAGCUACCAAGAUCUGCCCCCUGAUAAAGCUUUGGCUGCUUUAGCAAUUGAGGAUAAGAAAAGACAGUAUGCAGCAGCUGAAAAGUAUCUUGAAGAUGUGCUUCAUUCCGCGCUCACCACGACGCACUAGCUUCGCUUGGACAGCCUUAACCUUGUCGGUAAAUUGUUGUGUUGUUUGUGCGUUAAUUUUAGUAGAUGAUAGUGAAGAAAGGUGUAUAGUCAAUAUUGAGGAUUAUGCAUGUUUCGAAUGCUGGCAACUGAGUAUAUUUUGUAACAUUAUGACAUUAGGAACUUGACUUCCUUGUUAUGAAUAUAGUUUCUUUUGUUUUUUAGAAUGGUA